AUGGGAAAGGAUAAACUCAAAGAAGAUAAAGUAAAAUAUGAGUUAUUUUGAGUAGAGAUCCUCUAGUAAGGAAAAGAAGAAAGAAAAAAAGGAGAAGAAAGAAAAAAAAGAUAAAAAGGAUAAAAAGGAGAAAAAGGAAAAAAAAGAAAAACAUAUAAAAAAGGAUAAAAAAAAUAAGAAUGAAACCAUAAAGAAAAAACCCAAAAAAGAUUAAUGGGGUAAAUAUGGCACCAUCAGGUUAUGUAUUUUUAAUAUUAAAGUAAUACAGAUAUGUAUUUAAAACGUGAAGAGUUUUUAAUGUGGUUAUCUGAUGUGAAAGUAUUAAAUGUAGAAGCAAUAACUCCUUAAGAAGAAAAGAAAUACUUUGAGGAAUAUGUGGAAUGCUAUAACACAGCAACUUUUCCAUCAUAAAAAUUCUAUAAUUUUAAAGUAUGGUUUGAAAAAGAAUAACUUAAAGAAUAAAUAUAAUAAGCAGAAUUUGAAAUGCAAACAUUUGAUGAUGAAAAAGAAAAAUAGUAUUAAAUAAUUUUCAUUAUAUUUAGAAAGGAAUAUUAAGAAAAAAAAGAAUAUAUCAAAAAAUAAAAAUUAUAAAGAGAAUAUUAACAUUUACACGAAUUCCAAAAUAUUGUAAUUAAUUUUUUAUUUAUUAAGGCACAAGACAUGCAAAAAUAAAAGCAAAUUCAAGAUCUCUUUAGACAUUAUAAUUAAAUGGGUAAUCAUGAAGUGGCUAUGAGAUACUACAAAUAAUUGAAUCCUAUUCAUACUAUUGAUGCUCCUCGAAUGUAAUAGUAACCACCUGUGGAAUAUGAUUAUGAUUGCGAAAACUUCUGAUCUAAUAAAAAUAUUUUCA